AUGUCGGUUUAUGCAAUUGGUGAACAAGUAGCGCUAAAUAGAGCAUAUGCUUCUCUCAAUAUGCCGUAUAAAGGUGGGCUUAAGAAAAAUGAUCCUCAAAGGAAAUUGGCUUUGCCAAAUCCGCUUCUACCAUCUCAGGGAAUCCCAGCUGGAUUUUUGGGUUAUGCUGUGAACAUGAUUGAGUUGGAUGUCCAUCACUUGAAUACAAGGACUGCAAGAGGUUAUGGCCUUCGAGAAACCUUAUUCUAUCGGCUCCUUGGUGAAGCCCAAGUGUAUGAAACCAGGGAACACAUGCGUAUGGCUGCUGGCUGCAUAAAGCACGGGGCUCUUUCUCUUGAUGGUGGAAUAAUGAAGGAUAACGGAGUCAUCUUUCUUGGUGACCAUGAACCAGCUGUGAGAUUUCCAGUAGCGGUUCCCAAUGAACAAGGCAGGCUCUCGCGGCAGAAUAUCCAUGAUAUGGAGCAGAUAGAAGAGAAGAAAGCUUAUUUAGCACACAUCUGUGAAGAAAUCAAUAAGGAGGGUGAGGCUCAUUCAAAAGCUGUGGCCAAGUUCUAUAAGAAAAAAGAUAAAUAUCACAAAUAUCUGGAUAAGAAAAGAAUUUUGAACAUGGAUAACCUAUUGGGUCAAAGCACUCGGUUGAGCACAAGCUAG